AGUUUUGGAACCUUGCCCGUCCAGCACUUCAUCGCCGAGAUGGAACGCAUCUUGUCGGCGGAACUACAAGACAGACGCGAGUUCAACGCGUCGCUCGUUGCUUCGUUGGGAGAGCUGAGAGACACCAGUUCCCACCUCUGCGGAUGGAACAAGGCGCUGCUGAGCGAGCUGCAGCGCAAGAAGAACCAGCUCUCGGAUACGGAGAAGCGCGUCCAGGACCGCCGCGCGGCCGAGGGAUGCCGCAAAGUCAAGGCUAAUAUAGUGUGUCUUGUCACGUGGAGCAGAGUAGCAAGGGCAGCCAAGGUCGUUCAGGCUGUCAGGGAGGAUAUGGCGAGGUUACAGGAGCAGUGGAACGAUGCCGUGACGCUCUGUUAUUACGUCGCCACCCGGGCAGGGCAAGCCAGCGAGCAGACGCGGCGGCGGUGGGAGGAGCAAACGGUGGACCUGGGAUUCUUAUAUCUACGUAGUUUGCGAGACAACUACAUGAUAUUUGUAUAA